AUGUUAUUAACUAAUUUUAAAUAUUUUGCAAACUUGAACACCAAAAAUACAGUCCAAGUUUUAUUUCGUAAUUUAAGCAAGGCUGCUUCUCAACAAAAAACCUCUCAACAUUAUAUUAAAAAAGAAGCAAAAUAUGGUGCUCACAAUUACAAACCUAUACCUGUCGUUAUUUCUCAUGGAAAAGGUUGUAAUGUUUGGGAUGUUGACGGCAAAAGUUAUUAUGACUGUUUAAGUGGAUAUUCCGCUUUGAAUCAAGGCCAUUGCCAUCCUCGACUAGUUAAAGUUAUGCAAGACCAAUGCCAAUUGUUGACUUUAACUUCACGCGCAUUUUAUACAAAUGCUUUGGGGGAAUAUGCAGAAUACUUGACUAAAUUAUUUGGAUAUCAGAAAAUGAUGCCUAUGAAUUCUGGUAAAAAUAUAGUCGUCGGACCGCAUUAUAAGAUAUCCCCAGAAUUAGAUAACCUUCGAUUUAGGGCACCUAUUAUUUUUUAA